GGAGUCGCCGGGCGCGCCGCCUGUCCGCGGUCUCCUGCGCCCGCGCCUGCUCCUGCCUUCGCUCCCUCUCCUCCUCCCGGGGCGCCGGCGGCCGAGGCCGCUCCCGCAACUUUCCCAAGAAAGUUCAGAAACUCGGCUCCGGAGCGGCCGGGCCGCGCGCGCGGCGGUCACCUCUGGGGGCCGCCGGGGCUUAGUGGUCGCUGCACCUGCCUCGGCCUCCGCCGCCGCCGCCGCCGCCGCCCGGGACCGGGCAGUGGGCAGACCCAGGCGGCGGCGGUGGCAGUGGCGGUGGCGGCGGCGGGGUCCCUCUGGCCGCCAGCGCCGUAGCCUGGGUACCGCCGCCGCCGCCCACGUGCGCGGGGGUCCAGCGGAGAGCACCUUCCUGCUCGCGGCAUUUUUUGUUUUCCCCUUUGGUUUUCCGCCUCUCGCGUCUUUCUUUCCUUUCACGGUUCGCAUACGGGAAAAAGUUGAGUCGAAAGUGUCUACAGAUUGCCACUAUCUUCCUUCCCCUCCGCGCUUUUUAAAUUUUUUUAAAAGCAGGACCAGCGCUUUUAUUUUUAGCGUCUAAAACAGACCGAUAGUUUCCCCCUUUCUUGCUUGGUCCCGGGCGGUUGGUGAUCCGCGGAGUGGCGUGGACCUCAUGUAGAAAUGACAGCAAUGGAAGGGGCCAGCGGGUCGAGUUUUGGAAUAGACACGAUUCUGUCCGGCGCCGGUUCCGGCAGCCCCGGCAUGAUGAACGGAGAUUUCCGCCCUCUCGGUGAAGCUAGGACCACGGAUUUUAGGAGCCAGGCCACCCCGUCACCCUGUUCGGAGAUUGAUACCGUGGGAACCGCGCCCUCUUCUCCGAUCUCGGUCACCUUGGAGCCCCCGGAGCCGCAUCUUGUGACGGACGGGCCUCAGCAUCACCACCACCUCCUCCAUAACCAACAGCCACCGCCGCCACAAGCCGCGGGCCCCGCGCAAAGUUUGCAGCCUUCGCCGCCCCAGCAGCAGCCGCCGCCGCCGCCGCCGCAGCCACAGUCGGCAGCCCAACAGCUGGGCUCGGCCGCCUCGGCCCCGAGGACUUCUACCUCUUCGUUUCUAAUUAAGGACAUCUUGGGGGACAGCAAACCUCUGGCGGCUUGCGCGCCCUACAGCACCAGCGUCUCUCCGCACCACACGCCGAAGCAGGAGGGCAACGCGGCGCACGAGAGCUUUAGGCCAAAGCUGGAGCAGGAGGACAGCAAAGCCAAGCUGGACAAGAGGGAGGACUCCCAAAGCGACAUCAAAUGCCACGGAACAAAGGAAGAGGGAGACCGUGAGAUUACCAGCAGCCGGGAGAGUCCCCCCGUGAGAGCCAAGAAACCUCGAAAGGCCAGGACUGCUUUCUCGGACCAUCAGCUCAACCAGCUAGAGCGCAGCUUCGAGAGGCAGAAGUACCUGAGUGUCCAGGACCGCAUGGACCUGGCAGCUGCCCUGAACCUCACUGACACCCAAGUCAAGACUUGGUACCAGAACCGCAGAACCAAAUGGAAGCGGCAGACCGCCGUGGGCCUGGAGCUGCUGGCCGAGGCCGGGAACUACUCCGCGCUGCAGAGGAUGUUUCCGUCGCCUUAUUUCUACCACCCAAGCCUGCUGGGCAGCAUGGACAGCACCACGGCGGCCGCGGCGGCCGCGGCCAUGUACAGCAGUAUGUACCGGACUCCUCCGGCACCCCACCCGCAGCUGCAGCGGCCUCUGGUGCCCCGCGUGCUCAUCCACGGCCUGGGGCCCGGGGGACAGCCGGCCCUCAACCCUUUGUCCAAUCCCAUCCCAGGCACCCCGCAUCCUCGGUGAGGAAGGAGCCCUUCAGAUUCCCAUCCCGCCCACCCCCGGCUCUCCCCGCACCAGGUCAACAGGAAUAGAGGCAGAGGAGUAAAAGGGGGGAGCUCACCGGUGGGCUGGGGUCCCCAAGGACCAGCCAGCCCUCUGCUCUCCGCCUACCCCCUCAGAGGCAGGGAUGCAAAAGCUCCCCAACAGUGUGACUGGCGAAAAAUACUGAACCCCACUGACAGUGCAACCAGUAAGUGAAAAAAACACCCACAAAAAACAAACCCUCGAGUUCUUUUUUUUUUUUUUUAAACAAAAUGACUUUAGGGACACACGGAAGGGAGGGAGGGGGGAGGGCUGAGAAGGGCCUGGAGAGGAACCUUCUAGCGGAGAGAAUUGUUGCUGGACAGACAGCCCGAAAUUCACCCCCCCUCCUCCCCCAGGCAGAAGGUGGUCCUUGGACAUCCGAUCUGCCUCAGAGCAGUGAAGGGGGGGCAGAGAACUUUGCACUGAUUUCUCAUGAGCUUUUUUUUUUCUUUUGGAAAAGUGGCAUGCUACAUAAUAUGAAAAAAGUGUACAUUUGAAAGACUGAGUGAUAAGUGAUAUAUCAUAUUUAUUAUAUGUUGUCCAAAACAGAGUCACUUAUAUACGUCAGUAAAAAAAACAUGAUUUUUUUCCUUUUCAUGUCUUUUUUGAUUCAGUAAAAUAAAUGCUUAGACAAAAGUA